UCCCCUUCACCCCGUUCAUCAAGAAAGCUCACAACUUCCUCUUUUAUCUCUCUGUUUUCUCUACUACUAAAUUCACUUGUCAAUACAAAUUAAACCCCACAAAAAAAAUGUAUGCAAAUUGUGAAUUAGAAAAUGAUUUUGCUAUUCUUGAAUCAAUUAGGCGUCACUUACUUGAAGACUGGGAAGUUCCGUUAACGAACUCAGACAACUCAACAACCUCAGGUAUCAGCCAAAGUAACAGCAUUGAAUCAAACAUGUUCCCUAAUUGCUUGUCGAGUGAAUUCGAUACAGCUGAAAUUUUCGUUAACAAUAUUUUUGAUGAAGACAUUGAAUUUGGAUUCGAAUUAGCGCCUUCUGAUAUUCCAAUCCCCAAUGUCAAACUGGAGCCACAAAUGUCCAUCGAAUCACCUGAAACAUGGAAUUUACCGGAAUUUGUGGCUCCGGUUAAAGUGGAAUCUCCGUUAAUGAGCUCUGACAAUUCAACAACCUCAGAUAUCAGUCGAACCAACAGCAUUGAAUCCAACAUGUUUCCCAAUUACCUAUCCAAUGAACUCGAUACAGCUGGAAUUUUCCAUAACAAUUUUUUUAAUCAAGACACUGGAUUUGGAUUAGAACCUUCUGAUAUUCCAAUCCCCAAUGGAAAACUGGAGCCACAAAUGUCCGUCCAAUCACCAGAAGUUAUGGCUCUAGUGAGAGUGGAGUCACCUGUGGCAGCGCAGCCAAAGGCGGCGAAGCAUCAUAGAGGUGUGAGAGUGCGGCCAUGGGGGAAGUUUGCGGCGGAGAUUAGGGAUCCUGCGAAAAAUGGGGCAAGAGUUUGGCUGGGUACAUAUGAGACGGCGGAGGACGCAGCGUUGGCCUAUGAUAAGGCGGCAUUUCGCAUGCGGGGGUCGCGUGCAUUGCUGAAUUUCCCGUUAAGGAUUAAUUCUGGUGAACCUGAACCUGUUAGAGUUGGUUCUAAGAGAUCGUUAAUGUCGCCGGAAAGUUCUUCUUCAUCGUCGCCAAAGAGGAGGAAGAAGAUAGCUAGAGCCUGUUUGGAUGAGCUUAUUCCCGUUAGCUGCAAACAGUUUAUAAGUAAAAAAAAUAAGUUGCGGUAAUCUAACUUAUUUUUGUUGGCUUAUAAGUUGUUUUCAGCUUAUAAGCUGCUUUAGAUAAGCUAAGUCAAAUGGAUCAAAUUAUUUUUUUGAGCUUAUUUUAAGCACAAAAUGACUUUAACCUGGCCAGCCAAACACUCAAAAAAACUGAAAACAACUUAUAAGCAACUUAUAAGCCAAUCCGGACUCCUAAUGGGACGGAGCUGUAGGUUUUAAUUAAGUGGGUCCUGUAUAGUAAUAAAAAGAUAAAUUAUCUGAGGGUAAUUUUUUUUUUUUUUGUGGUGGCUAAAUCAAUGGAUUUGUUCUUUCUUUAAAUCUUGUGGCUGUGGUUGAUGAAUUAUCUAUUGGAAUUAACGAUAAUCUAAGAUAAUUAACCUCAAAAAGAGUAACAAUAUUGUCAUAUUGAGAAACAAAGGUCAAUUUUUUUUUUUUGGGGGGUAAAGUGAAAGAAAAGUCAAACUAACGAAUUCCAUCCACCUGACCGAAUUUUAUUGGCAAAGUGAGAAAUAUGUUCAGAUAAAAAUGGAAAACUAAAGUUUGGACAUCAAGCCCCAUAUUUUAGUAAUAAUAAGUGCCAUGGAGGGACGAACACAGCGGUCCCUCUUUGUAAUUAUUGCUUUACAAAUUGUACCCGUAUUAAAUUUUUAUAUUAUGAGUUAUAUAAUUUGUACACUUUAUCCAAUUAUUUUU